CCCGGGCGGGGGGUCGGCUGGGGGCCCCUCUCAGCCGCCGGGAGGAGGCGGCCCAGGAAUCCGCAAGGAGGCGUUCGCCGACGCGGUGCAGCGGGCCCGCCAAAUCGCAGCCAAAAUUGGAGGCGAUGCUGCCACGACAGUGAAUAACAGCACUCCUGAUUUUGGUUUUGGGGGCCAAAAGAGACAGUUGGAAGAUGGAGAUCAACUGGAGAGCAAGAAGCUGGCUUCCCAGGAAGACUCAAUCAGUUCUCAACUUGGACCCAUCCAUCCUCCCCCAAGGACUUCAAUGACAGAAGAGUACAGGGUCCCAGACGGCAUGGUGGGCCUGAUCAUUGGCAGAGGAGGUGAACAAAUUAAUAAAAUCCAACAGGAUUCGGGCUGCAAAGUACAGAUUUCUCCAGACAGCGGUGGCCUACCCGAGCGCAGUGUGUCCUUGACAGGAGCCCCAGAAUCUGUCCAGAAAGCGAAGAUGAUGCUGGACGACAUUGUGUCUCAGGGUCGUGGGGGUCCCCCAGGACAGUUCCACGACAACGCCAACGGGGGCCAGAAUGGCACCGUGCAGGAGAUCAUGAUCCCUGCGGGCAAGGCCGGCCUGGUCAUCGGCAAGGGCGGGGAGACCAUUAAGCAGCUACAGGAACGUGCUGGAGUGAAGAUGAUCUUAAUUCAGGAUGGAUCUCAGAAUACAAACGUGGACAAACCUCUUCGGAUCAUUGGGGAUCCAUACAAAGUGCAGCAAGCCUGUGAGAUGGUGAUGGACAUCCUCCGGGAACGUGACCAAGGCGGCUUUGGGGACCGGAAUGAGUAUGGAUCUCGGAUUGGCGGGGGCAUCGAUGUGCCAGUGCCCAGGCAUUCUGUCGGCGUGGUCAUUGGCCGGAGCGGAGAGAUGAUCAAGAAGAUCCAGAAUGACGCUUGCGUGCGGAUACAGUUCAAGCAAGACGAUGGGACAGGGCCUGAGAAGAUUGCUCAUAUAAUGGGGCCCCCAGACAGGUGUGAGCACGCGGCCCGGAUCAUCAACGACCUCCUCCAGAGCCUCAGAAGUGGUCCCCCAGGUCCUCUGGGGGGUCCAGGCAUGCCCCCGGGGGGCCGGGGCCGAGGAAGGGGCCAAGGCAACUGGGGCCCCCCUGGCGGGGAGAUGACCUUCUCCAUCCCCACUCACAAGUGUGGUCUGGUCAUCGGCCGAGGUGGCGAGAACGUGAAAGCCAUAAACCAGCAGACGGGAGCCUUCGUGGAGAUCUCCCGGCAGCUGCCACCCAACGGGGACCCCAACUUCAAGUUGUUUAUCAUCCGGGGUUCGCCCCAGCAGAUCGACCAUGCCAAGCAGCUUCUCGAGGAAAAGAUCGAGGGUCCCCUCUGCCCAGUUGGACCAGGCCCAGGGGGCCCAGGCCCUGCUGGCCCAAUGGGGCCCUUCAACCCUGGACCCUUCAACCAGGGGCCACCUGGGGCUCCCCCGCAUGCCGGGGGUCUCCCUUCUCACCAGUACCCACCCCAGGGCUGGGGCAAUACUUACCCCCAGUGGCAACCGCCUGCUCCUCAUGACCCAAGCAAAGCAGCUGCAGCGGCCGCGGACCCCAACGCCGCGUGGGCCGCCUACUACUCACACUACUACCAGCAGCCCCCGGGCCUCCCUGGCCCUGCGCCGGCCCGCGCGGCCCCACCCGCUCAGGGUGAGCCCCCUCAGCCCCCACCCACCGGCCAGUCGGAGUACACUAAGGCCUGGGAAGAGUAUUACAAAAAGAUCGGCCAGCAGCCCCAACAGCCCGGAGCACCCCCGCAGCAGGACUACACGAAGGCCUGGGAGGAGUACUACAAGAAGCAGGCGCAAGUGGCCACUGGAGGGGGUCCAGGAGCUCCACCAGGCUCCCAGCCAGACUACAGUGCCGCCUGGGCAGAAUAUUACAGACAGCAGGCCGCUUACUACGGACAGACCCCAGGUCCUGGCGGCCCCCAGCCACCGCCCACACAGCAGGGACAGCAGCAGGCUCAAUGAAUCGAAUGAAUGUGAACUUCUUCAUCUGUGAAAAAUCUUUAUUUUUUUUUCCAUUUUGUUCUGUUUGGGGGCUUCUGUUUUGUUUGGCGAGAGAGCGAUGGCUGCCAGGGGGAGUAUCGGGGAGCCCUCGCGGCACGUGGGGUGGGGGGCUUGGGGGCGUGCCGGUCCCUCACUCUCUCGCCCGUUCUGUGUCUCACAUGUCUUUUCUUUCAAAAUUGGUAUCCUUCAUGUUGAGCCAGCCAGAGAAGAUAGCGAGAUCUAAAUCUCUGCAAAAAAAAAAAAAACCUUUAAAUUAAAAAACACAAAGAACAAAGCAGAACUUAUAAAAUUAUAUAUAUAUAUUAAAAAGUCUCUAUUCUUCACCCCCCAGCCUUCCUGAACCUGCCUCUCUGAGGAUAAAGCAAUUCAUUUUCUCCCACCCUC